AUGUCUGCCUCCGACAAGAUCAACAAGAUCUUCAGGCUAGACUAUGCUCAGGCUGUCAAGGACAAGAUUGGCGCCGAUGGUGGCAGUGCCAGUGCCUUCUUCCUUGGCAGCGAGGCCCAGAAGGGACCUGUUGGUGGCGAUGGUAUCCCUAAUGAGUACACCAAUCAGGGUAUCCACAACAUUGCCUCGGACGACCUGUUCUUCGACCCUGGGCACUCUCGCGGUUAUAACGAUGCUCUUCAGAGGAGCAAUGAUCAGGGAGCAAAACCUGGCCCUGUCGAGAGCCAGAACCUCUACAACGCCCGCGAAGAUCUCUAG